AUGGCUCCUGUCGGACCAUCGCCGUCGCCGUCGCCAUCACGGCGACGCCGCCGCGCGGCCUCGGUCCCCAAUGUCGCCCUCCACGCGCGGCGCCGAGACAGCUCCCCGGGCCCGGCUGCCGCCGUGGCCAACCUGCCGCCGGAGCUGAUCUUCCACAUCUUCGACCUGCUCGACCCCAUCGACUGCGCCUGCCUCGGCCUGACCAACCGGCGCUUCUACGCCGUCCUCCGCCACCUGUACGGCUCCGUGCCCCUGAGCUGUCGGCGCCUGCGGCCCAGUCGCCAGCCGUCGGCGCGCGGCCGGGCGGCGCCCCCGUCGUCGCCCCCGGAGCCGCGGGAGCGAGAGCGGGAGCGAGAGCGAGGGCGAGACGCAGACGGCGGCGCGGGAUUCUGCCACCACUGCGGCGCCCACCGCUGCGAGCUGCAUCGCCACUUGUACUGCUGGAUGGGCGUCCGCGACCGCCGCUCCGAGUACUGCUCCGUCGCGGACAGGUUCCUGCCCCCGGCCGCCGAGGGUCCCGUCAGGCAGUGCUACGUGGCGAGGCCGGGCUGGCCCCGACGCUGCGGCAAGCAUCUCUCCGGCAAUCCGGCCUCGUCGACCAGACGCCGGCCGGUGCAGUCGUGA